UUUUAAAUAGAUCAAAGCCUUGAAAUCAAUGGUUUUAAACUACGAAUAAUUACGAAUAAUGACGUUGCGCAUGCGUAUUAUAGAAGAAUGGUUUUUGAAUCGUUCACUCUUGAAACUGAGAUUGUGAGAUCGAAUUGAAUGAGUAACAGGGAAAUUGGAAAUUGCGUGAAUUACAUUAUAUCCAGCAGGAAAAAGAAAAAGUACUAAGUAGAUUCAAAUAUGAAUCAUCAAUUUGAGAAAUUGAGAGAGCGUGGCGAUAAGUUGGAAUUGCGCGUAUUUGUUCAAGAGUCGAGCAUAGAGGAGCUUACGCGAUUAAUGUGCAGUAGUAUUUGUAAGUCGGAUGGAAUAAAAGUAUUAGACGAUCUUCUGCAAGCAUUUUCUGAUUCCGAAACUUGUCAAGCAAAACGACGAAAACUUACUGAGUUUACCUUGAAGAGUUUGGAAAAGUCUAACGUAUCUGCAGGACAGGCGAACGUGAUCGUCAAUCGGAUAAUUUCUGACUUGCCAAAUUAUUCAAAGCAACAGCUCAUCAAAUUUGUUGACUUUUGUCUCACAAGUAUUCGCAAUAACGACAAUGAGCUGUGCAAUUGGAAAGACUUAUUACCCGCAUUAUUGGAAGCAUUGGAAAAUGAAAAAUACAUUGUUUACGCGGAUACUGAAGUAUCAGGGACUGAAUAUAAAUCAUUAAUUGUCAAAGCUAUAUGUAAUUAUCACUGGGACGUCAAUCUUUUACCAUCUUUGACAAAAAUGUUUGGGGAUAUGGUAUUAGAUAAGGCAGAUCGCAAUGAGGUUUUAAGAGCACUGUGUUCUGCUCUUCCAAAUCUUCCUUUGGAUCAAGUUCCCUCAUUUACAUAUCAAGCCCUAAAAUUAUGCCCAAAUCGAGAUAAUCAAAAACUUUUGGAUGCUUUGUCCAAAUACUUUGAUCUUUGUUACUCGAAAACAAGUUUGUCUGAUGACAGAGAUAGUUUUGAAGAUAUUGAUACAAUUAAUUUAAAAGAGGUACAGGAUAUUGAAAGCACUGUUUUAUAUCAUGUGUACCAAGCUGCUCAGUUAAAUCAUGAAAACAUGAAAGAUUUUAUCCGUUUUCUUAAACAUGUGUCUCAUGCUUCAGAAUAUAUGCUACAACCUUUCAUGCUUUCUAUAUUGAUGUCAGUUUCUGGUAUAUAUGAAGAUCAGAUUUUUGAGAUAUUAAGAUUGGUCAUUGUUCACAAUAGCUUAGAGAAAGAAAAACGACAAAACAGUGCAUGGUUGAGACAACUUUUACCUAUACCCAAUGAUAUAACUCAAAUUAUUCAACAAGUGAUUGGUAGCAGCAAUAAAGAUCGUCAUUUAGUAUUAAGAGGACUUACAAAUUUAGCUUUUACAUUAAUGAAUGAUGAUCAAAAAUCCAAAAAUAAUGCAACAACUACGUGGCAUAUUGGAUCUGAAAUAAUACGAGAAAUAAUUAAAAAACGUCAUGAAACAGUUCCUCUCAUAUUACAAGAGUUGAUUAAUAAAAUAAUAGCAGGUGGUGUGACAACAACACACUAUAUAGAUUGUUUAAAGUAUAUGUGUCGUGAAUUGUCAAUGAUUGUUUUGGAACAUCAAGUUUGGAUUAUGACUAUCCUUGAACGAUUGUUAUUUUUGCAUCCUACAGUUGCUAAUCAAAUUCUGUUUGCUAUUUUUCCAUUGGCACGUAUUUCACCAAAUAUACGAGAAAAUCUUUUGUUGACUUUGAGAAAAGCUCUCUACAGGAAAGGUGUCUCAAAACGACAGAUGGCUGUGACAGGAUUUCUUGAAAUGUUAAAAUGUACAAAAAUGCGUUCUCAACUUAGCUUUAGACUUAGUCAACAUUCUAAUUCAAUGAUUAGCUCUAGUUUAAGAUCUACAUUAACUCAGGUGACUUUAGAAUAUAACUCGCAACGCGAAAAAUCAGUUACAGAUUGCGAUAAAACUUUGUAUUAUGAAAUAUUGGACAUAUUAAAAAAGACUUUUACUUAUGAGUUUGAAAUUAGAUUGCAUUUGUAUGAAAGUCUGUAUGCUACUGUAAUCAAAAAUCCCGAAAUAACAGAAAUUGUAUUAGAUAUGCUUCUUUCACAUUUGAAUCUUUAUCUUAAUACAGAUGAUAAUGUCUUGCCACCUGUAAAAUUGGAAUUGUGUACAGACGUCCAUGAAGAGGAAGUAAUUUUACAAGAACCUAUUGCCCAAUUGAUAUUUACCUUACAAAAGAUAUAUAUUAAUACAGUUGUUAAAAAUUUACAUACUUCUGAAAAAUUACAUGAUAUUUUGGAAUCACUGUGUAAGAAAAUGGCAAUUACAGAAUUAGAGCAUUUAAAUCUGGAACAUGAAACGAACUUACUUCAUGGAGACUUUCAGAAGUCACAGAUAAAGCUAAAAAAUCUUGGUAUAGCUAUUGGAAUUUAUGAGGCUUUAAUGGCGUUUCGAAUCGGUGAAUGGUCAAAAGAAAAUAAGGAAAAUUUUCAUGAUAUUAAUAAUUUGUUCAAAGCGUACACAUGCUUGAUAGAUUUUUUUAAAACGAAAGGUGAUCGCAAUAAAUCUAAAAAAAAUAAAGAUGCUAAUAAUACAACUAAAAAGUCCGCUAAAUCAACUAAUAUCAAGAUACCAAGUACUAUUAUGGAUUUGGAUGUAAUUCGCCAAAGUUUAACGCCUUUAUUUUCACAAUCAUCUACUCAAAGUGAUAUUGCAUCUAGAAGAAACCAUAGCUUUUGUUGCUACAUAUUGCAAACAUGUGAGCAACUUUUGCAACGUACAAAACCAUUUGUACAGAAUACUUUUCAAUUGCAAAAUCAUCAAUACAUAAAUAUGUACAUUGAUAUUGGAAGAUUACUUUAUAAAUAUUUUAUACAAAAUCUAGAAGAUGCACUUACAGAUGAUGAACAAGUAACUAUAUUGGCUUUACAAUGUUUCAAAGAAAUUUCUUGCUGUAUAUGUACAUUACUCUCAUCUGAAUUACAAACAUUUCUUAAUUUAAUUUUUGAAGUACGAUCUAAGAAAGAUUCAAAAUCUACGAAUAUUAAUUCUCAACUACAAAAAAUUAUUUUUUCAUUAAAUCCUUAUUUAAAGAAGUUUCUGACGGUAGAAAUGGACAACAAUGAGGGGAAGAAAAUAUCGCUUUUAUUAUUACAAAUAAUAGAACAAUUUACGUAUAAGAUUAACUUUGAAGAUUAUAAUUCUGAUCAAAUGCUCGAAUGUAUGAAAGAAAUAAUUCAAAUGGAAGAUAUUCAAAGCUCUAUUGUCCCUACAGUCAUACAAUUUUUCUUAAAUUUGGAAGAAUACAGUCAAGAAUAUGGAGAAACAUUAAAUGAAAUUUGUAUAGAGUUAUGUGAAAAAGUUGGAAGCAUUGAUGGGAUUGAAUUAAAAACAAAUGGUUUAUAUAAAAGUAUACGUGAAGAUACAAUACUACAAAUUUAUAAUGUAUUAAAUAGUCAUAUUAAACAAAAGCUGGAUAAUGCAUCAUGGUUGUUGAUGCGAUUAAAGGCAGAAGAUGCUAUAGCCAGAGCACCUGGAACAAUUGAUGAAGGGAAUAAUAAGUUAAGAGAAAAGGAACGAAAUCUGUGUAGACAACUAUCCUAUCUUGCUCAAGUACUUCAAACGUUAGCUAAUACGUCGAUUAAGCCAGGCCCAUCCACUGAUUUUACCUUAAAAAAUUUGCAAUAUUUAUAUCAUUUACUUGGAGAUCUUACAAAGUAUUUUUAUGCAAAAUCGAGUAGCCAGAAUGCGGCAUUCCAAGCAGUUAAGAAAAUCAAAAUAAAUUACAAUUGAAAUCUGACUCAUAUGCACAAAGGAAUAAAAUUUUAAAAGAAACCAAAGUAAUACCACGUGUAGUAUAUGAAAUUGAGCAAUUUAACAAGGAAAUAUUGUUACUUGGUAAAAAAACGAGCGUGCCAUUAGAAAAUUACAUAAAACAUAGUAUAACGAGAGAUUUUAGAAUCAAAGAUCCACAAUUGAUAGAAGGACUUGAGAAAAUGAAUGUCAGUUCGCUCGAUUCAUCAGAUCUAGAGAACACUGAGAGUGAAAUCCAGACCUCGAAUGUAAAUGAUUCUGAUAGUAGUAAUGAUGAUGAAUCUUCAAAAAAACGAUCCAGGAUAGAAAAUUGAAACAUUGUUAAUUAAAAUACUUAAUACUGUCUUAUAACAAAAAAAUUCCUGUAAAAUAUUUUUAUAUAAAAGUUUUUUAAUAAUACUUAAAAUGAAAAAUUUUACACAUUAUAUUCAUUUUUGUUAUCCUAUAUCGCUUGUUUUCUGUACAGUAUAUAUUCACUUAUAUAAACUAUUUUUUGUAUCAUUUGUACAUCUUAUUAUUCUGAUUAAAUUUAUAAAAAAUAACAGAACUUGCAGAAAAUAAGAAAUUUCCAUCAAUGGCAAAAAAUUUUAUGGAAUCAUUAAAUUUAUAAUUUUUAUGCUACAAAGUCCAAUGGUCUAUUGAAUCCUCCUUUUCUGUUCAUAUACUGUCUAUACUUUCUUUUGAGAAUAACAUGCACAGCUCCUACAUCAUUCCCUUUGACCUUUUUGCCUUUAGUACUGUCAAAACCACAAAAACCCAUUAUUCUCAUCAUUUCCUGUUCCUCUGGUGUCUUCCCUUGAAGAUAUACCUGUAAUUACAGGACGUUCUGUUGUGGGUUUUAAUUUAGGUUUAGGUCUAUCUCUUUCUCUUGAUCUGGAUCUGCUAUACGAACGUCUGUGCCUAUCCCGCUCACGAUCACGAUCCCUUUCUCUAUCCCUGGACUUUACUCGAUCUCGUUCAACAGAUCUAAAAAUUAUUUGUUUUUGUACCUCAGCUCCUUGAAAUCCUAUCUAUUGAGUAUAUAAUUAAUAAAAUGGAGAGGUUAUGUUUACACACAUUGAUCUAUGUUAGGUUUGACAUUGUAUAAUAUUAUACAAUAUCUGUAUCACAUAAUAUCUGCAUUUGAUAUGCUCAUAUCAUACAUAAAAUAACGAUUGAUAAAACUAUCACUAUUUAUAAUACAAUAUAGGAAUAAUAUCUGAAGUAGAUAAUUUUUUAGUACGCGUACCGAGAUGUAUGCUUUCCCAACAACUCUCCCAACAGAUCGACAUUUAUAUAUGUAUCAACAUACAUAUAUAUAUCACUCCGCAUUUUUUGAUAUAAUUUAAUAAUACUUAAAAUAUAAAAAGUAGAAUUAGUUUUCAAUCAAAUUGAUUAUCUGAUAGAAUCGAUACUAAUCCAUUAUUGUUCAGAAAGUUAAGAAGCAACAUUAUUAUUUGUUUUUAAAAUACGAAUUGCUAUUACUUAAUUUU